CGCGGCGCGAGUCAGUCACCCACCCCCUUGCCCCAACACCCCCUCCUUCGUGAAUCAGUGAAUGAGACUCAGCAUCAGAAGCAAACAAAGCCUUAGCUUCUUCAAAAAUCAAAACCCAAACCAAAUCCCUAGCUCCUUCAACGGUUCCGCCGCUGCCGGCCGUGGUUGUCGACGCCUCCGCGGCCUCCUCCUUCCCCCUGUUCAAACCCAGACCCUCUCUUGUAGCUCGGCACAUCGUCCAUGCUGCGGUGGCUUCUCUGUUUGAGGCUUCGAGCUCCUCGCCGUUGUGUCGCCGUCGUCUCGCUGUUGUCUCUUCGUCGUCCCGCUCGCCGUCGAAGGAAGCAACUAUCAUUUGUGUCCAACUAUGGCAUUGCCUAUUUGGAGAGUCCGUCCAAAACUGGCUAGGCUGAGAGAGUUUCAUGUUGAGUUCAGUUGCCACUUCACAAUCUUCGAUUCUGACUGAACACUGUUAUUCCCUUCCAUGAACAUGUUCUACGCUAGAAGACCAUUCUCCUCCUCUUCUUCUUCAUGCUCCUCAAAGAACCAUUCACUCCAAACGUUACUGAAGCGUGGAUUCACACCAACCCUGAAAUCCAUCAACAUAUUCCUCCUCUCCCUCCUCCGCCACCGCAAGUUCAACCUCAUCAUCCACCUCUUCACCACUGCCACACUCAUCCCCACUAACCCUACCACCCACUCCAUCCUCACAUGGGCACUCCUCCAUUCUAGAAGCUUCCAAGAUGCCGAGAAUCUCAUCUUAACUCACUUCACCCAUUCCCAUCCUCGCAUCUGGGACACACUCAUCCGUACCCACCAUGACCCUAAUAGGGCACUCUUUCUUCUACGCUAUUGCCUCCAAAACGGUGCCGUUUUGCCCGCUCCUCUCACUUUCUCUUCUCUUAUUCACAGGCUCUCUUCUCAGGGGGACCUAGGCAUGGCAAUGGAGGCACUGGAGAUCAUGACAGAUCAUAGGGUAAGGUACCCUUUUGAUGAUUUUGUUUGUAGCUCCGUGAUUUCUGGGUUUUGUAGGAUUGGGAAGCCUGAACUUGCGUUAGGGUUUUAUGACAAUGCUGUGGGUUCUGGGGCACUGUUGAGGCCCGGCUUGGUUACUUUAACUGCAAUUGUUGGUGCACUUGUUAGGUUGGGGAGGCUUGAUGAGGUUUGUGGUUUGGAGGAGGAUGGGAUUGGUUUGGAUGUUGUUUUGUAUAGUGUUUGGGUUUGUGGGUAUGUUAAAGGGAACGACUUGGUGGAGGUUUUUCGAAAGAUGAGGGAAAUGGUGGUGGUGAAGGGUAUCGAUCAUGAUCAUGUGAGUUAUACUAUACUCAUUGAUGGGUUUUCUAAGUUAGGCGAUGUGGAGAAGUCAUUUGGGAUCUUGGCUAAGAUGAUAAAGGAAGGGAAGAGACCCAAUAAGGUCACUUACACUGCAAUAAUAUCUGCUUAUUGUAAGAAGGGUAAAGUUGAGGAAGCACGUGGUGUUUUUGAGAGGAUAGGUGAGUUGGGAAUUGAGUUGGAUGAGUUUGUGUAUGCAGUUUUGAUUGAUGGAUAUUGUCGGAUUGGAGAUUUUGGUAGUGUCUUUAAGCUAUUUGUUGAAAUGGAGAAAAGAGGGGUUAGUCCUAGUGUUGUUACGUAUAAUACCAUAAUAAAUGGUUUGUGCAAGUUCGGGAGGACGUCUGAGGCGGAUGAGUUAUCGAAAGAUGUGGCUGCAGAUGUGAUUACGUACAGCACGUUGUUGCAUGGUUAUACUGAAGAAGAGAACACUCUGGGGAUUUUGCAGACAAAGAGGCGACUAGAAGAAGCUGGAAUCGCCAUGGAUAUCAUAAUGUGCAAUGUGCUGAUCAAAGCAUUGUUUAUGAUGGGGGCUUUUGAAGAUGUUUAUGCUCUUUACAAAGGAAUGCCAGAAAUGGGCCUGGUUCCGAAUUCUGUUACUUAUUGCACAAUGAUUGAUCAGUAUUGCAAGGUAGGUAGAAUUGACGAGGCACUUGUGGUAUUUGAUGACUUCAGAAAAACAUCAUUCUCUUCACCUGUAUGCUACACUAGUAUUAUUCAUGGACUCUGCAAGAAGGGUAUGGUAGAAAUGGCCAUUGAGGCAUUAGCCGAACUCAAUGAUAAAGGACUGGAGUUAAGUAGAUAUACAUUUAGGAUGUUAAUGAGGACACUUCUCACUGAAAAGGGUGCAAAAGAGGUUUUAGAUUUAGUUUACACAAUGGAAGGAUUGGGCCAAGACUUAUAUGAGUCAGUAUGUAAUGAUGCAAUCUUUUUAUUAUGCAGAAGAGGAUUUCUUGAGGAUGCAUAUCGCUUGUGCUUGAUGAUGAGAAAGACAGGUUUAUACGUUACAAGAAAUUCUUAUUAUUCUGUUUUAAGAAGCUAUCUUAGUAACAGGAAUAGGGAGCACAUGCUACCCCUAUUGAAUAUCUUUCUAAAAGAAUAUGGCCUAGUUGAUCCAAUGAUGCGAAGGAUACUAGCAUGCUACCUAUGCUUAAAAGAUAUCCAUAAUCCCCUUCAAUUUAUGGGAAAAACAAUCUCUCUUCCUGUCGCCAUCUUCAGGAUUCUGAUAAAGGAAGGUAGAGCUUUAGAUGCAUAUAAGCUUGUGGUAAAGACUCAAGAUAGUUUACAAGUCAUGUAUGCUGAUUAUGCCAUUCUGAUUGAUGCCUUAUGCAAGGGAGGAUAUCUCAAUAAAGCAUUGGAUCUUUGUGCCUUCGUUGAAAAGAAAGGGAUCACUUUGGACAUAGUUGUAUAUAAUUCUAUAAUAAAUGGAUUGUGCCAUGAGGGACGUCUUAUUGAAGCAUUUCGGCUAUUUGAUUCAUUGGAGAAACUUAAUUUGAUACCAUCUGAAAUAACUUAUGCCACAUUAAUUUAUGCACUAAGUAGGGAGGGAUAUCUGGUAGAUGCUGAGCAUGUUUUCAGUAAAAUGGUCCUGAAGGGCUUUCAACCAAAAACACAAGUUUAUAAUUCACUACUUGAGGGUAUUUCAAAGUUUGGUCAAUUAGAGAAUGCGCUCGAGCUUCUAAACGAUUUGGAGACAAAAUAUAUUGAGCCUGACAGCUUGACGGUUAGUGCUGUCAUAAAUUGCCAUUGCCAAAAGGGCAACAUGGAAGGAGCACUUCAAUUCUAUUAUAAGUUCAAGAGGAAGGAUGUAUCACCUGAUUUUUUUGGGUUCUUGUACUUGAUAAGAGGCUUAUGUUCAAAGGGACGGAUGGAAGAAGCUAGGAGUGUCUUGAGAGAAAUGCUCAAAUCGAAGAAUAUUGAAGAGAUAAUUAACAUAGUUAACAAUGAGGUUGAUAAUGAGUCAAUAGGUGGCUUUCUUGCCAUUUUGUGUGAGCAAGGAAGUAUUCAAGAAGCCCUUGCAGUUCUCAAUGAAAUUGCAAGCACGCUUUAUCCUGUUCUAAGGUUAUCUACAUAUAAUCAAGGAGCUCACGCACAGAGGAACAUUUCUGAGCUGAACGCUGGUUUACAAUCUUCAAGGCGUCUAUCCUCCUCUUGUAGAACUGGUUUGGAUUUUGGAUCUUGUGAUGCUAGCGAUGAAAGUGAUCUUACAAUAAAUAAUGAUAGUCAUGUGACAAGGUCCCGGCCACUCAAUUUCGACUUCUAUUAUUCCAUGAUUGCCACACAUUGUGCCAAAGGGGAGCUACAGAAAGCUAAUCAAGUAGCUAAGGGAAUGCUUUCCCACCUAAGUCGAGGAGCUGAACAUAAGAAAGAAGAGAGAAAAUGAAUUCUUUCAAUGUGGCAAAUUCUCUAUUUUUAAUGCCAGGAGAGAUCACACAGUUGACAUCUGCAGCAUCAACCAGAUAAACAAGAAAAUGAUUUCCUAGCCCUCUGUCAUUCCAGUUUCUUUGACCGCAGAACCAGUCUGAAAAGGACAACAAGGUGCCAAUUGGAGUGCAAGGGAUCCAUAUCUGACCUGUAAGAUAUAUAAAUGAUAAUGGCAGCAGGCACUUGAUUACAUGCUAAUUGCUGCUUUAAGCUUGAAAUUAAAAAAAGUCAUGCUCUGCAUUUGUGGAGAUAAAAUGUAAGUACUUUUUCUGGAGACAAUUUUUUUUAUUUUAAAGUGGAUUGAGUUGUAUUUUCAGUUUGUUCUUUCAUUUCCUUACACUUUUUCCCUCCCUGCCUGAACUCCCUAUUUAACCAGAGAAUGGUUGACUUCAAACAAAUGAAAUCUACCUUAAUCCUAAUGCCUUUUGCCCUUCAUGGAGGAGUUUUGAAUGACAAAGAACCAGAAAUGAUUUCAUUCUUAAAUCAGAUCUCUUUUUCUUUUUUGGGUAUUUAGAGAAAAGAAUGAAGUGAUUUCAUUUAUAGAUCAGAUCAAAUUGGGUAUUACCUUAUUUUUUUCCCCAGAUCUUAUCAUUUUCCUAUGUAUUUGAUUGGAAAUCAUUUGCUAUCUAAAUGUUUGAAAAGACUUUUAUACCCUUCUUAAUUUUGGUUCCAUUUUUAGCCCAUUCUUUGAGUGGAGGGAAUUCCCCUUGUUCCGAAGCUGAAACCCUCUAUUUUAUAUGCAAGAUUUAGCUUCUGAUUGGGUCAGUGUGAAGCAUUGGCUUUCUGCCUUAAGCUCGUGAGGCCAUGGGAAAUUUCUUUUAUUACUUUGUCAAACAGUUAAUUUUAUGUUGCACUUUUGAGAAAUAGCAUGGCCUUGCUCAGUUGCUGUUGACAUCAGUGUAGAAGUAUUUGGUUCUGAGCCUGCUCUCAUUCAAUGCUUAGCAGGAAAUUUGGUCGCUUGACUUCCAUCAGCCACUAAGCAGUUGACAAUCAAUUCUUUGAAAGUAAACAAUCUGGUUAACAAGGUCAUAUCCGACGUUGUAACUCUGCUGAGCCAAUAAGCCGAUAACAGAAGAUCGGUUGUCGAGGCCAGUCGCACUGACUGGACCUAUAGCCAUGCAAAAUACGCUGUCUGUGAGCUGUUCAAAGAAGCUUCCUGUGUCCAAAGCCAAGUCUGCACCUUGAGCAAAAUGGAAUGUAACCACUGGAAAUCCAACUAAAUCUCUACUCACAACCCCCAAAUGGCAAUAUAGCCAGGGAUAAGUUUCGAUUAUAACUUUCCUAAAGGACCCGCCGAGGAUAU